AUGAUUCCUCAACUGUCCAUCAUCGUUCGCCUUGCACCUCUCAUCAUUCUCUUACUCCCAAGAAUUUCUUAUGCUCUCGAUGCCAAAACUCUCUUCAACUUGGCUCCCGGAAACGCACAUGGAGGCUGUGAUAAUCAUCUGGAGGAUAUCAACUUCUGGUUAGAUGAGAGCAUCGUGAUGGCGGAAGUUGGAAUCAAAGCACUCCAAGUGGCGCAAGGAAAAGUGGAACUUCCGAAGAACGGGUUUGACGAGAAGCUCUACGCAGGGCGUCUGACUUACGCCUUCUUCCGUCUCGACAGCAGCUCACUUCAAGAGGACUGGGAUGCCAUCCAGGGGCGAUUUGAAAGCGUUCAGAGCUUUUUGAACCGGGAAGCACCCUACCCAGGAGGAGAAAAGCCAUGGCUAUUCUGCGGUACGGAUUACCUCGUCAGGCAGGAGCCCACAGACACGGCCUUGGACUCGGAAGGUAAACCUUUGCCCAACAGCCCCACUAUCCAAGAGGAGUAUGGCGAUCUGCUCGUUGGCGGCAAAGUUCCAUGGUGGAACGAGUAUAAUCACCAUUACUACUUCGGAGACGAGGAUGCCGGCACCGCCUGCGACAACGACCCGUUCAUGGCGGCCGCAGCAGACACCUCCGAACCAGCGCCGUUCCUGCUGUUUCUGUGUCCAGAUAACAUAAACUCAGAAUUCAUGGGCAAUCAGGAGAGGCUGGGAAGUUUGACGCCGGCCGAAGGCACGUACCUCUACAAAAUGCGGCCCCGAAGCAUCAACAUUUUUCACGAAUUGUUCCAUCUCACGAUUGGGAACGCGUUUACCGACGACGUAACUUACACUUUGGGAGGGAUCAGAAAUGGUGUCGAGGAUCCGGAUACCAUCCCACUGAAGAAAACGCUUGAAACCAGCGAAGAGGAGCAGGAAAACGCCGGUCCAAACACGGAAAAUGAGACCAAGCUACAAAUGCUUCGAAAGAACCCCGAGACGUAUGCCUUCUUCUCAACGGCGUAUUGGUACUGGACUCAAACCUACCAAACGGGUACGGAUGGGAAGGAUCAGAAAGCUUUUUUUCCUGCCGACAUUGCUACAUUGAUCGAUUGGGACACCAAUCUGGCGUAA